AUGGCGGUUUUGGAACUAAUUGUUUACUGGGUGGGCCUUGGCCUAGGCUUUCUAUAUACUCUGGCUCGCAGCAUUGUCGAGGCGCUCUCCAGCGGAGACACCGCAGGACUCACGCGGAUUCUCGUGUCGCUGUCGGUGGUGUACCUGGUGCUGCUGAUUGUGCAUCGCACCGUGCGCAUGCUAUGGUCAUCCUUUGUCGUGCUCUUCAAACUCGCUGUCUUGGCACUACUGCUGUCGACCGGAGUUUACGUGUACACAAACGGCGCCACUGAAACCAUGAACGCCGCCCAGGAACUGGCCCGCGACCUGUACGCGCAGGUGGGCUCUGCCUCGUCGACCCUGCAGUCGUCGUACCAGGCCCACGGCUACGCAAAGCACCUGUUCCAGCAGGCCAAAGCCGCGUUUUAG